AUGGUGAGAAUUGGGAGAUUGGAAUUUGGUCCUGUUGCUAACUUACACCGUGACCUUGUGCGAGUCAUUUCUUUUACCUCUCUGACCCUCAGUGACUUCAUCUGCAAAAUGAGAGCCCCUAACUGGACCAUGGGUAUAGAGAUUAAAGAGACUCUUGAGGUGAACCCUCUUAUUUCCUGGGGAACUCACUACACUGAUGAAGCUACCAACAGAUUUCAGAUCUCCACAGAGAGGGAGUUUCUGUACUGUCAGUUCCCAACUCAAGUGAAAUCCCAGACUUGGAUUAUCACUUGCAUUUAUCUUCAGCUGCUCCUAUUCAACCCUCUCGUCAAAACUAAAGGGAUCUGUGGGAAUCCUGUGACCGAUGAUGUGAAAGAGAUUACAACAUUGGUGGCAAAUCUUCCGAAUGACUAUAUGAUACCUCUUAACUAUGUCCCCGGUAUGGAACUCUUGCCUAAUCAUUGUUGGUUACAUUUGAUGGUGCCCGAAUUGGCCAACAGCCUGAAUAACCUCUUGUACAAAUUUUCCAAAAUUUCCAGUAGUCUGAGUAAUUAUUCAAUCAUCGAUAAACUCAUAAAAAUAAUUGAUGACCUGAUGGGAUGCUUAGAAGAGAAAAAUAAGAAUUUCAGAAAACAAAAUAUCCACAUUUAUAAAGAAGACGCAUUCAAUCCUGAAGACUUUUUUAGAUUCUUUAAUAAAUCCAUCGAUGCCUUUAAGGAAUAUGAAGAAACAUCUGAGCAUAGCAACUGUGUCCUGCCUUCAACAAUAGGGCCUGAGAGAGAUUCCAGGGUCAAUGUCACAAAACCAUUUUUGUUACCCCCCGUUGCAGCCAGCUCCCUUAGGAAUGACAGCAGUAGCAGUAAUAGGAAGGCAGCAGGAUCCACUAAAGACCCAAGUGUGCAUUGGGUAGCCAUUGUGUUACCAUCACUAUUUUCUCUUGUACUUGGCUUUGUUCUUGGAGCCUUAUACUGGAAGAAAAAACAAAUGAAUCUUAAAAUGGAAGUUGAAAACAUAGAGACUAGUGAAGAGGAUAAUGAGAUAAGUAUGUUGCAAGAAAAUGAUGGAGAAUUUCAAGAAGUGUAACUGUUGCUUGUGUGAACACUGUUACUUUUGCACAAAGGCGGGUAACAGUUUUAUGUUU